AUGCAAGAUCACACUGAAAUAACUAAUGUUCCUCUUCAAAACCUCUCACAACUAAGCACCAAGAUGGAUUCUCUUCAACGCUUCAUAGCCCAAUCCAUCAAAACCAAAACUCUCCUCCCCAAACAACACUUAGACACACUCUCUAACCAAAUCUCGUCGACCAUUUGCGACGUCAUCAUCAAUGCAACUGCUCUUCUUGCUACGUGUCCAACAACAACACCAUACGAAUGUUACAGGACACGUAGCAAGAACAUCAGUUGCAUAGAUAGUGACACUACAAAUUACAAAGAUUCCAACAUCGUGGAACUCGACGCUGUGGAUAUACUCGCGAAGCAUUUUCAUUUCUGUGAGAUUUGCGGGAAAGGAUUCACGCGCGACGCGAAUUUGCGUAUGCACAUGCGCGCUCACGGGGAACAGUUCAAGACUCCAGAAGCGUUACGUUGCGUGAAGGAAACGCGGUUAACCGCGACGCGAUUUUCUUGUCCAUACGAAGGAUGCAAAAGGAACAAGCUACACAAGAAGUUCGCGCCGUUGAAGUCGGUGUUCUGUUUGAGGAACCAUUUUAAACGAAGUCAUUGUCCGAAAACUCACACGUGUGAUCGGUGUCGGAGGAAGAGCUUUGCGGUGGUUUCGGAUUUGAAGAGUCAUAUGAAGCAGUGUAAGGGAGAGUCGACGUGGAAGUGUUCGUGUGGAACUACGUUUUCUAGGAAGGAGAAACUGUUUGGACACAUGGCACGGUUUGAGGGGCAUUCGCCGGUGUUUGUUGUGGCGGCGGGAGAAGAAGGGAGAGGACAAGCCGUGGCGGCGGAAGGGGAAGGUGUGGCUGUGGGUGCAAUUUUGACUGAGGAAAGUGAUAGGUUACCUGAAGGUUUCUUUGAUGAUUUGGAUAAGUUUUGGGUUUGA